CAAAAAAAAAAAAAAGUCUCAGAUCUUCAAAUCGAAUCGUGAUCCCAGUUUCUCUCUCUCCCUUGCUUCCACUGUAUCCUCAUUCCUCACUGAGUCAUUUCCUCUCUCCCUCUCUCUCUCAUGUUUGUGACAAAUACGAAAUUUAUUUAUAUUUGGAAAGAGCCCUAACCAACAGUGAAAUUCAUUGAAUGGCGAUCGCAUCUCCUUCAACGCCAAGCUUCUCAGCUUCCUUCUGCUGCACUCGGACCGAGUCAACUCGCUCCCCCACUCGUUCCCCUUUUUCCAUUUCCUUCACUCGCCGACUCCAACCUCACCCUCCCCUAACUCGUCAACUCGCCAUCUCUUCGCGUCUCAACUCCUCCAAACCCUCCGGCGCCGGCGGCUCUUUCUCUCCGGACAACGGAGGCGGAAGCGAACACAUCCAGUAUGAGCUCUACCACGAACUCUCCUCGCCACAACGCCGGAGGCUAGGAGCGCCGGUGUUCGUCACUCUCCCAGUCGACUCCGUUAGUACCGGCGGCCAAGUCCGGCGUCUCAAGGUCAUGGCGCAGUCGUUCAAAGCUCUAUCAGCCGCCGGUGUCGAAGGCGUCGUCGUCGAGGUCUGGUGGGGACUAGUGGAGAGAGAUGAACCUAGGGUUUACAAUUGGCAAGGGUAUUUGGACCUCGUUGCCUUAGCGAAACGGUGCGGUUUGAAGGUCCGUGCUGUCAUGGCCUUUCAUCAGUGUGCCACUGGGCCUGACGAUCCUCACUGGAUUCCUCUUCCUCUAUGGGUGCUUGAAGCGAUUGACAAAGAUCCAGAUUUAGUGUAUUCUGACAGAUUUGGAAGAAGGAACAUGGAAUAUAUUUCACUUGGAUGUGAUAUUCUUCCUGUUUUGCGGGGGCGAUCGCCAAUCCAAGCAUAUACAGAUUUUAUGAGGAACUUCAGAGACACAUUUAGGCCAUUUCUUGGGGUUGUCAUAACAGGAAUUCAAGUUGGGAUGGGUCCUGCUGGUGAACUAAGAUACCCUUCGUGCCCUACACAGAAGCUAACAUGGGCUUGGCGCUCACGUGAACUUGGAGAGUUUCAGUGCUAUGAUAAGUAUAUGCUUGCAUCUUUGAAUGCUUGUGCUCGAGAGAUAGGGAUGCGUGAAUGGGGAGAUGGGGGUCCCAUAGGUGCAGGUAACUUAAUGCAAAAUCCUGAACACACUGAGUUUUUCAGAAGCAAUGAUGGGUCUUGGACCAGACCAUAUGGUCAAUUUUUUCUUGAAUGGUACUCGGGAAUGCUGCUGCUACAUGGAGACAGGAUAUGUAGGGAAGCUGAAACUGUUUUCAGGGGUACUGAAGUUAAUACAUCAGCAAAAGUGGCUGGUAUCCAUUGGCAUUAUGGUACAGAAUCCCAUCCAUCAGAGUUAACAGCUGGCUAUUACAAUACUUCAACUAGAGAUGGAUAUCUACCAAUUGCUCGCAUGUUUGGUAGGUAUGGGUUUGCCAUGUGCUGCACAUGUUUUGAAAUGCAAGAUGAGUUAGAAAGACAGAUGAACCCGGCCGGUAGCCCAGAAGGUUUUCUAAGACAGCUUCUAUUGGCUGCUAGGGUUUGUGAUAUACCCCUAGAAGGUGAAAACUUUGCAACCAGUUUGGAUGAUGAUUCGUUUCAACAGGUGCUAAAGAUGUCGAAGUUUUAUUCAAAUGGUCUAGAGAAGCCCUCCUUCUCAUUUAACUUUAUGAGGAUGGACAAAAACAUGUUUGAAUAUCAGAACUGGGUUCGUUUUUCUCGUUUUGUGAGGCAAAUGUCUGAUGCCAAUAUUUUUCGUGCCAACCUAAGUUCAGGAGGUGAUAUAAACCUGUCUUCUAUGUUGGAUGCUACGAAAGUUGGUUUGGCUUUUGCAUAUUCUUGAACGGCUUCAUCUGUUUGCACCAUCAAGGCAGAAAAAGAAAAUAUUUUUACCAACAAUUGAUGUGAAUACCUUAUACAUAAUUCGAUGACCUCUCUGAUCUCCUGUUGUGAAAUGUGUAGUAAUGCCUAAUUUUUUAAUUAUUUUUUCCCUUUUUUUUUUCUUUUUCUGAAAGAGUUAUUUUAGUGUAUCAUAAUACAUUGCCUUCCCAUAUUUUUAAAACGGUGGGCUAAUUAUUGUCAACUUAUGCUUCUUGGGUACAAUUUGUGGUAA